AUGGCCUGGCUGCCCGGCCUGCUCCUGCGCCUCGUGUGGCGCGCCCUGGGCGCUUUCUGCAGCGGCCUGGCGCGCCUGUGCGCCUGGCGCGGCGGCGGGGCGCGGCGGCCCCGCGCGCCUCCCGGGCCGGUGCCGCUCAGCGUCAACUACCACUUCACGCGCCAGUGCAACUACCGGUGCGGCUUCUGCUUCCACACGGCCAAGACUUCCUUCGUGCUGCCCCUGGCCCAGGCCCGCAGGGGGCUCGGCCUGCUCAAGCGGGCGGGUAUGGAGAAAAUAAACUUUUCAGGAGGGGAGCCAUUUCUUCAUGAGAGAGGAGAUUUUGUGGGGAAGCUGGUGCAGUUUUGUAAACAGGAGCUAAAACUCCCAAGUGUCAGCAUUGUGAGCAAUGGAAGCAUGGUUACAGAAAGGUGGUUCAAACGUUACGGGGAAUACCUGGAUAUUCUGGCAGUUUCUUGCGACAGCUUCAGUGAGGAAGUCAAUGUUUUAAUUGGCCGUGGGCAAGGAAAACAUAACCAUAUUAAAAAUCUCCAGAAGCUCAGGGGAUGGUGCCGAGAUUAUGGUGUGGCUUUCAAAAUAAACUCGGUGAUUAACAGAUUCAACGUAGAAGAGGAUAUGAAUGAGCAGAUUCAGGCACUAAAUCCUGUCCGCUGGAAGGUAUUUCAGUGCUUGCUCAUUGAAGGGGAAAAUACAGGAGAAGACGCUCUGAGAGAGGCAGAAAAAUUUGUCAUCAGUGAUGAAGAUUUCGAACUAUUCCUUCAACGUCAUAAAGAUGUUUCAUGCUUGGUGCCUGAAUCUAAUAAAAAAAUGAGAGAUUCAUACUUAAUUCUGGAUGAAUAUAUGCGUUUUCUAAACUGUAAAAAUGGCCGGAAAGAGCCUUCCCGAUCAAUCCUGGACGUAGGUGUAGAAAACGCUAUACAGUUCAGUGGAUUUGAUGAAAAUAUGUUUUUCAAGCGAGGAGGAAAAUAUGUAUGGAGCAAAGCAGACAUGGGACUUGAAUGGUGA